UGCGGGGCCUACGGCCUGCCGCACGCACUCCCGCGGGCGCGCGCGCACUCGCACUCGCUCGCUAGCCCUCUCUUCCCUCCGCGUUACCUGUGUCAGGACACCAAUCUGGAGCCACUGGCAGCCUCGGUCCUCCUUAAACCCAUCAAGUCUGUCAGAAUACCCUGGAUUUCAAUAUAAUAUUAAUAGUGAUCAUCCUAAAGUAAUUUCAAUUUACAGAGCACUUUCAAAACAGCCUUUCACUUAGGGCAGUAACUCCUGUACCAAAGAACGUGCACUCGGUAUUCGUUGUACACAUGGAUAACUAUAAUUCAGGUUUGGCAGCUCACAUGGAUAACAACUGUCUCCCAACAUUGGCCCAGGGACACGUCUUUCCCUAAACAAACCAACCUCUCCUCACGUCCCCCACUCUGUACUUUCACUGACUAUGCGUUGGCAGAUUCUGCCAAGUUCUACCUGUAACUGGCUUCAUUUUCAAGUCAGAUGUUUGGCUGCUGCUCUGUCCCCUGCAACAAGGAGCCAUGCCAGCUGGACACACACUUCUUCCAGAGCCUCUGGCAGCCAGGACAGAGUUGAGACCACAGCUGUUGAGACCCUGAGCCCUGAGUCUGUGUUGCUCAAGAAGGGCCUCCCCCAGCAAUGACCUCCUCAUUGCUUCUGGCCUUUUUCCUCCUGGCUCCAACCACAGUGGCUACUCCCAGAGCUGGUGGUCAGUGUCCAGCAUGUGGAGGGCCCACCUUGGAACUGGAAAGCCAGCGGGAGCUGCUUCUUCAUCUGGCCAAGAGAAGCAUCUUGGACAAGCUGCACCUCAGCCAGCGCCCAACACUGAACCGCCCUGUGUCCAGAGCUGCUUUGAGGACUGCACUGCAGCGCCUCCAUGGGGUCCCACAGGGGGCACUUCCGGAGGACAACAGGGAACAGGAAUGUGAAAUCAUCAGCUUUGCCGAGACAGGCCUCUCCACCAUCAACAAGACUCGUCUUGAUUUUCACUUCUCCUCUGAUAGAACUGCUGGUGACAGGGAGGUCCAGCAGGCUAGUCUCAUGUUCUUUGUGCAGCUCCCUUCCAAUACCACUUGGACCUUGAAAGUGAGGGUCCUUGUGCUGGGUCCACAUAAUACCAACCUCACCUUGGCUACUCAGUACCUGCUAGAGGUGGAUGCCAGUGGCUGGCAUCAACUCCUCCUGGGGCCUGAAGCUCAAGCUGCCUAUAGCCAGGGGCACCUGACCCUGGAGCUGGUACCUGAAGGCCAGGUAGCCCAGAGCUCAGUCAUCCUGGGUGGAGCUGCCCAUAGGCCGUUUGUGGCAGCCCGGGUGAGAGUUGGGGGCAAACACCGGAUUCACCGACGAGGCAUCGACUGCCAAGAAGGAUCCAGGAUGUGCUGUCGACAAGAGUUUUUUGUGGACUUCCGUGAGAUUGGCUGGCACGACUGGAUCAUCCAGCCUGAGGGCUACGCCAUGAACUUCUGCAUAGGGCAGUGCCCACUACAUGUAGCCGGCAUGCCUGGAAUUGCGGCCUCCUUUCACACUGCAGUGCUCAAUCUUCUCAAGGCCAACACAGCUGCAGGCACCACUGGAGGGGGCUCAUGCUGUGUACCCACAGCCCGGCGCCCCCUGUCUCUGCUCUACUAUGACAGGGACAGCAACAUUGUCAAGACUGACAUACCUGACAUGGUAGUAGAGGCCUGCGGGUGCAGUUAGUCUAUGUGUAGUAUGGGCAGCCCAAGGGGGUGUGGGAAAACACUCCCCCACGGAAGUGCACUUCCUUGAGAGGAGGGAAUGACCUCAUUCUCUGUCCAGAAUGUGGACUCCCUCUUCCUAAGCAUCUUAUGGAAAUUACCCCACCUUUGACUUGAGGAAACCUUCAUCUAAAAAGAGUCACUGUACCAUCUUCCUGACCACUACCCUCUUUCCUAGGGCAUGAUCCAUCCCGCUAGCCUCACGUGCUUAACCCCGACUCCAGGGACUCAGACCCAUCUCCAAUGAUGAGCAAGGCCAUCUGGUUCCCAGGCAAAGACACCCUUAUCUCACCUUUAAUUGACCCCAUAACCCACUAUGCCUUCCUGUCCUUUCCACUCGAUGGUCCCCACUCCAAGAUGAGUUGACACAGCCCCUUUCCCCGAUUUUUGUGGAUCUCCAGAGAGCCCCUUCUUUGGAUUCACCAAAGUUUAGAUCACUGCUGCCCAAAAUAGAGGCUUACGUACCCUCCUCUUUGUUGUGAGCCCCUUUCCUUCUUUCUUGUCCAGGUGAACUGCUAAAGGUCUCUUUGCAUACCCUCAUCCAUUUUUUGUCCUUCUCUGCCUUUCUCUUUGCCCUUAAGGGCUGACUUGCCUGAGCUCUAUCACCUGAGCUCCCCUGCCCUCUGGCUUCCUGCUGAGGUCAGGGCAUUUCUUAUCCCUGCUCCCUCUCUGCAUAGGUGCCAUGGUUCUCUGUAACUGUGGCUAUUCUGUGUCCCUACACUAGUAGCCUGGCUACCCACUUCCAUGGCCCCAACUCUGCCUACAUUCUGCUAUCACUGUUUCAACACUAGGGGGUCCUAAAGGCUUUCUAUCUUGCUAGUCCCUGGGGCCUCAACAUCUCUUACUGGUUCCCUUAACUCUGCCUAUACCUCUGUAAAUAAUUCCUUCACUAAGUUCUCUUGAUGAAGCAAAACCAGACAGCUGAAUGGUCCUCUAUCUCCUACAAGGGCCCUAACUGGCACCCCAGAUGACACAGAACCUGCCUGCCUAUGCUGUAGUCUGCCUACUCUGCUCUCUCUUCACAUGGUCUCCUCAGGACUGAGCUAUUGUAUCCAUCUCACACUUUAUGCCUCUUCUUUCUUAGGCACCGAUACUUAGUCACCCAGUAAACUGACCAGCUGUGGGCACGCAAGUGUGGGAGGCAGAGGCACGCUCAGAGCUGCCCAUCAGGACCUCUGACUUGCCUUUCUUUCACCCGCCCCCAGUGCUCCACCCAGGAAUCCUGCCUGGAAUCUGGAAUAGGCAAGGGCUGCUGGAGUGGGACAGGGAGAAGAGGAAGGCCUGGAUGAGGAGAGGGUGGCAUUUGCUCUGAGACUGGGUCUUUUUUAGACCUUUGCCCUUCCUCCCCCACAUCUCCUCCCUUUGGCUGGACAGUCCUGAACCACGAGGUCGAUAUUGUCUGCAACCCAAGGCCGAGUUUGCGCAAAACCCAUGUGUUCUUUGGUAAAUGUGAUGUCUGUGUUUGCUCAGCUUAUAACCCCCUCCUAUGAGGGUAAGAGGUCCCUGAAAUAGGAACCCUAGAGGAGAAAGUCUGAAAAGGACUGCCUGGGGGACUGUAAAUCCGAGCUCAAGGGCUUCCUGAGCAACCCAUGGAUGUUAUUCCACCUUUGACUUGAGGAGACCUUCACCUAAAGAGAAUCUAAGGAGGCCUUCUGGUGUCUCCCCCACACACCCCCGGCCCCCAGAUCUAACCUCCUUCCCAACUACAGCUUAGUUCCCAGGGCCAAGACUGGGAUAAAGCAAAGUGAGUCAUUCACCUGGCGGGGGUGCUAAAUUUUAAGGGGGUGGUGAAAAAUUUAUUAAUCAAGAUAGGACUUUAAUGUAAUUUUUUUU